AUGACCCACGAAACGGUUUGGAGGCAUGGCCAUCGCACGCCAACGUCCUUUAUUCCGACCGACGUGAUUAAUAAUGGCCCUAAUACCUGGCCGUAUGGACCUGGCGAACUGACAAAGCUGGGCAUGACACAGCACUUCCGGUUAGGGAAAAUGAUCGCCGACAGAUAUGUAAAGGAAUACGGUCUUCUCGACUUGAACUACAGCAAUCACAUGCUUUACAUACACAGCGACGAUUACAACCGUACCUUGAGUAGCGCCUAUGGAAACCUGGCAGGAUUCUUUAUUAAUACAUCGUACUACAGUCCAAAGUAUGAAAACUGGCCAAAUUUCUGGAACCCGAUUCCAGUACAUACGAUAGACAAAUUCAGAGACUCGGUAAAUUGCUAG